CUCUCUCUCUCUCUCUCUCUCUCUCUCUCUCUCUCUCUCUCUCUCUCUCUCUCUCUUGCUCUCCUUCUCCCUCUUACUCUCUCUCCCUUUCGUUUGUAGACUGUAGCAAUCUUCUCUGCAAGUAACCAAGCUCUUUAGUCAGUCCUCGGUCGUUUCAUGAGACGCUUUAACUUUAUUUCGCUAGCUACACGCUAGAAAACGGAGUGCUCUUAGAGCAGUGCGUUUGCUCUAUUAACCACUAUCAUUCAUUUUUAUACAUAUACAUGGGCUUGUGAUGAUACUAUAACUUUUUGAAAGAUAAAAGUAACAAUAACACAUUCAAGCACAGCAGUAGAAAAAAUAAACCUUGUGUGAAAGUUAUGAUGUGUUAACUGUUUUGGACAGAAAAUAUUUUUCGAGGAAAAUUUAUGUUUUAUUUUCAAUGGAAUCGGUCAAUGUUUGAAUGAAAUCAACAAGUGUUUGGCUUUAAGUGCUUUGAUAAACCAGUAGAAUAUUUAAAUCAAGACUAGAUCAACAAUACUUAACGUUCUUUGUUAAAAAGCAGACAGAAAAAUGUCAACAGUAAUCGUGAGCAGUCCAAUUUUCGAGUGUGGCGAGUUAUUCAAGAGCGUUAACGUUACAAAGCCAAAGGAGAGUGUCGGAUUAUUAGACCAUCCAAUCUGCCAGAGUGUCACCAGCAUGCCUAGUACCGGACAUACACCUCUUAGACGCAGUUAUACAAGUUUAGUCAAUCUGAUUGAGCAACACCGCAAACUCGACCGUACCGUUAGUGAACCUACGUCUCGCUAUAAAACUGAGUUGUGUCGACCCUUUGAGGAAUCAGGUAGUUGUAAAUAUGGAGAUAAAUGUCAAUUUGCUCAUGGCUAUAAUGAGUUACGUAACUUGGCGCGACAUCCCAAAUAUAAGACUGAACUGUGUCGCACUUUCCAUAAGAUCGGCUUCUGUCCUUAUGGACCUCGUUGCCACUUUGUUCAUAACUUUGAAGAGGCGCGAAUUCAUAAUCUUAAGGUGAGUGCCCAGCUGCAUGAACAACAGCAGCAUAAUCUCCAUCAUCAGCAACAACAAAACCCAACAAAUAUUGUCAAUUUAAGUCCACUGCUACAACCGGGGACCACAGCUGCCCUCAGUGUCAACGUUAGUUUACUCGAGCAGUUGACAAACACUUCACAACUUUCCGCGGCGGUUAUCGCAACAUCUGCUAACAACAGUAAUCAACUUGUGCGUACAAACUCACUGAACUUUGCCAAUCCAACAGCACCCAUUUACCCUUCACAUCAGACACUGCACAGGAGUAACUCGCUCGGUAUAGCUCAGCAUCAACAUAAUUUGCACGCAAUUUGUAGUAGGCCAAAACCGCUGAAUCUAUCGCCGACUUUUUCACUCGGCAGCACUGCCGAUUCAGUUUCACCCUCUUCAAGUCUCAGCCAAUCGCCUACAAACUCAAUGGCCAGCUUCUUUAGUGAUGAGACUGUACCGUCAUCAGGAGCCACUACUCUUUUUAGUUUUGGACAGGACUUCAAUUUACUGAACAAUAAUAACAGUAGUAGUAGCAGCAGUAGCAGUAGUACAAGACAGAGCCCAAGUCCUCAGAAUAUACUUGAAGAAAUUUCGCCAAGAACACCUUCGCCUCUAUCUCCAAAUGUUGAAUCGCGCCUUCCGGUAUUCAAUAGAAUAAGCAGUACGCUCGUCGAUUUGAAAAAUCUCAAGAUCUAAAUUUUUGUUCUUUUAGCCCGCUUCCGAGAUUCAUUAACGCUAGCUUGCGCUUAAGGAUUAUUAUAGACUUUUACUUUUAUACCGUUUUACAUAUUUAACCAGCAUCGCUUUUGGAGACUUCCAGUGCCAGUCGACGAAAGCGAAAGUAAAUGAAAAUGACGCUAUAGAUAGACUAGCUGCUUUUUGUUCAUGGAGGGGAAAAGAAAGAGAGCGUGAACGCAUGAAAGUGAGCAAGAGAGUGAAUGAGUAAGUGAGUGAGUGAGAGAGAGAGAGAGAGAGAGAGAGAGAGAGAGAAAGUCCCACGAAAGUGAAACGAGACUCCAAUCGCUUUCUCCAGUCUGGCUCUGUUAGUCUAACGUGUAUUAUUUAAGAUGCUUCAUCUCCUACAAGAUUUUUUCAGGCUUCCAAGUUCAAAAUGAAAUUUGCUAUUUAUAUGCUGCAUUACUUAGUUAUUUUUUAUUUAAAAUUUUUUUUUUUAUGAAAAAAAUCACAAUUAUUUAUAAUUGAAUUGUCUUCCAAUAACAUAUGUAUGAUGAUCUCACGCACGUUUUUAUGUGCGUGCCUGCUCGCGCGUAUGAAUGGACGCGUAUUAAUUAACGAGUUUAAGGAAGAAUGAGAAAAUGUAUUAGCAAAGGAGGCUGAAAAUGUGUGUACACAUAAAUUAAUAAUUCGUAUGCAAGAGAAGAACAUUUAAACGAACAUUGCGAUAAGACCCCAAGAUCUACAGCCAUAUUCGCAAGUUUCUCUUUUCUCAACGGACCUGAAAAGUAAACCAGUUUUGGAUAAUCAAUCUGAUGGGCUGAUGCAAGUACAAAUACUUACGUUUUUGUAAUAACGAUUAAUUUGUUUAUACCACCGUGUCGCACGUAACAGCUUACUAAGAAAGAAAGAAAUAUAAAGGAAAGGAAUAGAAAUCAAAUGCUUUUGUAUAUAUUAUAUAUAUACUUUUCCUCAGAAGAGAAAAAUGUUUUUGUUUAAUUUAUAGUAGAAAGCAAAUGUUGUAGACUAGCUCAUGUUCAUCAUUAUUAUUGAUAAUAUUAUUACUAUAUAUUUUGUAUGAUUA